AUGCGGGUCACGCUAUGGGAAGCGCAUCGGGAUCGGGAGAACGACGCCGAACCACCGAGUUCCACUGAAAGCAAUGGAGCUUAUCAGUUUCCUCAAACUCACGAUCUCCAGGACACCUUCCACUUCUCUCCUAACACUUCGCCUCAAUUGGUAAUGAGUGCGAGCAGCGCGAAAGCUUUCGCCAUUGUGCCAUUAACAGUUCAUUCAAAAACUCUGCCACCAAUUGUCAACGCCGAACAGGGCACCAGCAGAGGAGAUCGGGCCUCCUCAGCUGGUACGGUGGAGGGCAGAAUGGGCCCAGUUCGAGUGAUGAAUCAGGGCCAGGUCGUGAAUCUUGUACAGGUCCGUACACGUGCAAUGAGCACGACUGGCGUUCGUGCAGCUACACUUCGCAAGACCUCAGAUCGACCUCCAAGUCAACCUACACCGAUCGAAGCUACCCCAUCGCCCAGUACCACUGAUGUUGUCUGA